AUGAGUAAAGAAAACUUUAGAAAGCUAUUUUCACUUGACUUAGACAGAAAUGUAAAUAAAAGAAAACAUUUUAUAGAAAAGGAAACUCCAAUUUAUGAAUCCGAUUUAUCACGUACUUCAAGCGAUAUAGGUCAUCAUUCAAAUAGCUUGUUAGGUUUAGUUUCCAUUAAAACAUCCACUGAUGAUUCGAAAAAUUCUAUAAAAAGUGAAAUAUUAUGUACAUAUAAAAGAGUUAGCUCAUUAAGUGAGUAUAUGUUUAAAUUUAAAAAAUUAAAAACACAAAAUGAUGUCUCUGGGAGUAAUAUAUUUAGAAAAUUUAAUACUAACAAAAAAAAUUUAGAUUUAUCAGAUUUAGAUGCAGAUCCUAGUUUAAGUUCAGAGUACGAUUCUACUUUUAGCGAAACAAGUAUUAGUAAAAAAAUAACGAAUUAUUGCAAUGGAAAUGAAAACAAUUCAAAACAUACUGAUACUUGUGAUGAAGAAAUAAAUAAAUAUGAUUCAAAGAUCAAUUUACUCAUUAGAAGCAGUGAAAAUUUAAAAAAUUAUAUGAAUAUUGAAAAAUCUCCUUUAUCAUCCUAUUUAAAUACUAUAUAUAAAAUAGAUACACAUGAUUUUAAUAAGGAAAGGGGUUCUUCGAAGGAAGUUUUAUCUUUUGUAAAGAUUAAUAAAGAAAUAAAUAAGAAAGAUUUAACUAAUGGAAUCAAAGAAGUUGUUUCUCAUACUGGUGAAUUAUCAUAUAAUUAUAUCCUAAAAAAAAAGGCAAUAAAUUACUUUUUAAAAUGGAUUGGAAGGCAUAAUGAAUUAAUAAGUGGAAAUACACAAAAUAAUGAAAAAAAAGUUAAGAAAAAUUUUUAUAAAAAUAGAAGAAUAAUUAGAAAAAUCUAUAUAAAAGAUUUGAAAAAUAAAAAAAUAAUAAAAGAGUUAACAUAUAAUGAAAAUAAAAAAUUAGUGAAAAAUAUAUGGGAUAGGAAGAAUUAUUUAUAUAAUAAAAAAAAUAACCACUAUUUUUUAAAAUUUUUUUUUGAUUAUAUUAUUUCCUUUUAUUCAAAAACCAACAGGAAAUAUUUAUCAUCAAAAAGAAAUUUAAGUUACUUAGAAAGAUACAUUAUAAAAUUUCUUUUCCAGAAUUUGCAUAAGGAAGAUAUGUUUACAUUUAAAAGUAUAUCAAUAAAUUCUAUAUUAGAUAAAAAUGAAAAGAUAGAAAAUAUUGAAGAAAAUGAUAAUAAAUCAUCUUUCGUUUUUUCUGAAUUAAAUACAAAUGUACAUAUUGGAAAGAGAAAUAUUAUUUUUCCAGGUUGUAAUAUUAUAGUUAAAAAUGCAAAGAUAUAUAUAGGAGAAAAUAAUUUAUUUGAAGAUAAUGUUACUAUAAUAAAUAAUACAAAUAAAAAUAUGUAUAUUGGUAGUAAUAAUAUUUUUAGAUCGGGAACAUAUAUAAUAAAUUCUCUUAAAAUAGGAAAUAAAAACUAUUUUGAUUAUAAAUGUCAAAUAUAUAAUAGCAAAAUUGGAUGUUGCUCAUUUAUAGGGAUAAAUAUGUAUAUAGAUCAUAAAUGGAGCAUAAAAAAAAAUCUAAAAAUAGUUGAUAAUAUUCUAACCAGCAUGAAUCCCAUAUUUAUUGAAGAAAAUAUAAAUGAAAUAAAUCUUAGGUAUAAUUAUUUGAAGAAUUCAGAAUUAUUUUAUAUGUAA